AUGAAUAAAACAGGAGAAGGCCCGGAGAGACAAAAGGAGCCAAAACGAAAAGGGAGGCCGACCCACGCGGAGCACCUUGGAAGACAAAGGGCCAAUAGUUUCGAGUCGAUAGUCGACUCGUUUAAGAGGAAGAGGGAAGAAAAGGAAGAUAGGAUAAGAACAGAGAAGGAACUAAUUGAGAAAUUCCAAAAAACAAGAGCAGUGAGCAGGUCAUCCCCAACGAAAAGAAUAGAAAAAGCAGCAGAAGGGACGCAAGAGGAGAAGAAUACAGGAAAUGAAGAAGGGCUAGACAUGGAUAAAAUAGAUAAAUUGACAGAGAUUAUACUAACAAUCAAGAAUGAUACAGAGGAGAUAAAGAAGGAAAACAAGGUAAUAAGACAAGAAAUACAAGACUUAAAAGAAGAAUGGAAAAAGAAACAAGAGGAAUGGGAGAAGGAAAAGGAGAUAAUAGUAAAUAGGUUGAAGGAACUGGAGACCAAAGAAGAACAACUGGAGAAGAAAAUGGAAAGAAUGAUACAACUGGAAGAGAAAGAAGAGGCAAGAGAGAGAAGAGAAAGAAGGAAUAAUAUCACUUUGAAAGGAGAGGAUUUAUCGAGAGAAGGCCCACCUAAGAGAAUAAUAGAACAGAUAAUGAGACAAGAACUGCAGGUAGAGGCGGACGUGGAGGAGGCAUACUGGAUAAGAAGAGAGCAACGAGGAGGAAUGUUGAUAGCGAAACUAAAAAGCUGGCAACAGAAAAGAGAAAUUUUGGCAAAGAAAAGUAAAGUGAAAGGUAAGAAACUGUACAUUGACAACGACUUAACAAAAAAGGAAAGAGAUGUACAAAAAGAAAUAGCAAAAAUCGCGAAAUUGGAGAGAGAACGAGGAAAUCAAGUGAAGAUAGGAUACAAGAAAAUAAUGGUCAAUGAAAGGACUUUCAAAUGGAAGGAAGGGGAAGGACUGAAAGAAUUUUUUUUUUUCAGAACAGGCAAGCCAUGCAAUCCAAGUAAAAUAACAACGGCCCAGUAUAAUAUGAACAAAGGCAAAGUCAGCAAGGAAGUACAGAAAGAGAUAAAGGCAAUAUUCUGGAACACGGCAGGAAUUGCAAGGAAAGACGAGGAGUUUUGGGAGUACAUACAGGAUUUUGAUAUAAUUAACUUUACGGAGACGUGGAUAGAGGAGAAGCAAUGGAAAAAAAUGGAAGCCCUGAUGCCAAAGGAAUACAACUGGGUAACACAGUACGCAGCAAGAGACAAGAAAAGGGGCAGAGGAGUGGGAGGCAUGAUAACAGGAGUGAAGAAAAACAUCAGGAUGGAGGAAGUACAAAAAGAAACACAAGGAAUAAUUAGUUAUGAGAAGGAAAGAAGAAGUGGACUAGAAGAACUGGAAGAGAUAAUCGAAGGCGAUGGAUGGAAAAAAAUGAUAGUGGGAGGAGAUUUCAACGCUAGAACAGCAGAGAAAGGAGAAAUAGUUUGGGAUGGAGAGGAGGAAGGAAGUAGGAGAUACUCGAAGGACAAAAUAGAGAAGCUGGGACUAGGUUUACUGAAUGGAAAUAAGGAAGGCGACGACCAGGGAGAAUGGACAUUCACAGGAGCAAGAGGAAAUUCAGUAAUAGAUUAUGCAAUUUGUAACGCGGAAACAUGGGAAGAAAUAAAAAGUUUCAGGAUAGGAGAAAGGACUGAAUCAGACCAUCAACCUUUAGAGAUAGAACUGAAAGCGACAACAGAGGAGAUAAGAGAGAGAGAAGAAGUAAAAGAGAAAGAGAUAGAAGAUUGGACAGAGGAGGGAAUAAAAAUAUACCAAGAAAAUCUCAAGAAGAGGAAAGCAGAAAAGGAAGAAAUCCAAGAGAAAUGGGAAGAACUAGUAGAAGAAAUCAAGAAAGCAAUAAGCAAAAAGAAAGUCAAGAACAAAAUGCAAAAGGUAGGAAAGAAACCUUGGUGGGACAAAGACUGCAGAAACAGUAAAACGAAACUGAACCGAUCCCUCAGGCAAAUGAGAAAAGGAAACAUAGAGAGGACAGAAUUUAUAGAAGAAAAACAAAGACACAACAAGCUAUGCGAAACAAAGAAGAAAGAAGAGAGAGAAAGAGAGCAGACCAAAAUCGCAGAGAUACAAAAUGAAACAGAAAUAUGGAGAUAUAUAAAGAAGGAGAGAGGCCGACGAGAAAAGCUAGAGGACAACAUUGAGGAGCAACAAUGGAAAAGAUACUUCAUGGAACUACUGGAGGGAGGUGAGACGAGAGGAAAUAACGAUGCACGAAACGUGCGAGAAGCAGGAGGUAAUCAAGAAAUGCCACGAGAGGAAGAAACAAAGGAGGAGGAAGAGGGAUUCACAGAGGAAGAGAUGGAAAACGCAAUAAGAAGACUCAAGAAGAAAAAAGCAACAGGUGAAGACAGGCUCAAAAACGAAGUGAGACAAGAAAGAAGUGAAGAACUACAGAGGGGUAACAUUACUAGACACGGCAUACAAAAUCUAUGCAAUGAUUUGGAAGAAAAACUGAGGAAGGAAGUUGAGAGACUAAAGCUGCUCCCAGAAACGCAAGCAGGUUUCAAAAAAAGGAGAAGUUGCAUAGAUAAUAUAUUUGCACUGAAAAUAAUAGCGGAAAAAACGAUAACGAAAAAGAAAGGGAAACUCUACGUCUUCUUUGCGGACCUGAAAGCAGCGUUCGAUAAGGUGAACAGAAAGAAGCUAUGGAAGGUUCUGGAAGAACGCGGCAUAAAUAGGAAACUGAUCAACAGAAUAAAAGAUAUCUAUGAAGAAACGAUCAACAGGGUAAUUGUAGGAGAUAAAUGUACAGAGGAAUUCUGGACAGAAGGAGGUCUGAGGCAAGGAUGCCCACUGAGCCCACUCCUAUUCAUAACAUUCAUUGCGGAUGUGGAGGACUUUAUGAAGAAAAGACAGAACGGAGGCGCAAGACUGGGAAGGAGGAGAAUAUUCACUUUGGCGUACGCGGACGACCUAGCGAUGAUGGCGGAGACGGAAAGGGAAAUGAAGAAAAUGAAAGAAAGAAUUAAGCAAGAAAGGAACUGGAAAUGGAAGGACAGCAAGAUAGAAGAAGUGAAGGAAUUCAAAUAUCUGGGAUUCACAUUUAAGAAAUGCAACACCGAUGAAGCACAUGUAAAAGACAUAGUGAGGAAAGCAACAGCAGCUAUGGCAGGUUUGUGGGAUAGGCGAAAGAAAAAUUGGAGGAGACUUCGACAGGAGAAUGAUGAUGUUCAAUGUCAUGAAUGGAAGGCGAUUGAAGCACUUCAAGAGAGAUAUAUAAGAUGGAUACUGGGCUUAGACAGAUGCACGCCAAGCUACAUAAUUAGAGAAGAAACAAAGAUAGAACAAAUCAGUAUAGAAGCCGGAGGAAGAGCGAUAAAAUACCAGGAAAAAAUAAAAGGAAUGACCGAUAACGAAAUACUGAGAGAAUGCAGAAGGGAAAUUAGCGAUAGAAAAUGGGAAGACACACAAUGGGGAAGAAGGAUGCAGACGUUUUACAAGGAGGGCGGAUCAAACCAGUGGACAAAAGAAGCAAGAGAGGAACAGGGAAAAGACACGAUUGAAGAAUGGACAACCAACUACAAAAAGAAAAAAUUGGAGGAGAGAGAAAGGAAGAUGGAGAAAUCGAAGUCAACGAAAGAAUACAACAGAUGGAAAACAAGGGAAGAGCGAAAUAUUUAG